AAGAUACACACAGAUUGACACAAAUGCUCCGAUGGCCUUGUUUGCAACAGCCGAACCGUGUGCCCGAGAUUGACGAGGGACUAGAUGUGGUGCCGUCUGGGCAGCUGGCAUGAGCAUGGCCAAGUCAGGUACAUUAUGUCUCUGCGCGCUGAAGACCAAGAGACGCGAGUAAUAGGCGGCAUCGCUGGCGGGGGGGAGCCCGCUGCAGAGACUUCAUGGCAUGCGGUCAAGAGAGGAAAGCGCGACUUUUACUUGCCCGGAGCGGGCUGUGGCACAGGGGGGUCCCGGCACCCGCAAAUGAACGGCCAUGCUAGAGAGGCCGGCGGAAUCCCGCCCACGAAUGUGAUGGUGGUGAUGAUGCUGGGGACGGGCAUGGGGACGAGAAGGAUGAAGAGCAUGACGAUGCAGCUGAUGCAGACAAUGGCAAGACAGGACCCGCCCGACGCAACGCAGACGCAACGUAGAUGCAAUGCCUCGGUGCGGGCAGGCCAAAUGGGCGGGCAGUCUGGCUCGCAUGUCUUGCGCGCAGCAACCAUCGUGGGUUAGUGGCCACGAUCGGCAUCGUCAAGAGGAAUCGGUGUCAGUUCGGCUGAUGUGGGUAUCGACGGAGCCAGGAGAGAGAGCCACGAGCCAGGCGUCUUCCAUGUACCUAGGUGUACAAUGUUCAUGUGUGCUAUCCAUGUACCGACGUGGACAUGUGCAUGUGAGUGUGUGUGCGAUUGAGGUGAAACCACGGUACGGCAGAGGUGGCAGGCCGAAGGACCGAGGGCGGAUGACAAUGGCAAAGGCAAAGGCACUGACUGGCAAUGCAGCGGCAAUCAAUGCCCUGGCCAGGGGGGCCCAGUGGCACCAUCAAGGCA